UGGGAACUGAAGGGUAAUAUAACGAAAUUUGGCUGGCUGGGUAGGCCUGCUGUUUACAUUGUUGUGUUUUUAUUUUCAGUAGCUAAACACUAUGUCCAACAACGAAAAACCAGGACUCUCUAUCGUAGCGGAAGCUGGCGCAUCGCAAAAACCAAUGUCCAGCAUCAACCGUAUCGCAGACACAUCCUUGACCCCGUUGCCGCUAAACAGUUCCUGCGAUGCCGACUCUGCACGAGCUCCUACUUCACCCGUUGCCGUGCCAAGCCGAGGUGCCUUGAUAGAAGUUGCCGGCCCGAGUGCAGUGGCUAGCUUGCCAGUAUAUGAAGAACGAGAUCCUGACACCCCGAUCGUUCGAAGCAAUUCCAACCUAGAGAUGCAGCUGCGGGAAGCACAACUAACUCUCGAGGAGCUACGGCAAUCGAGAGCGAAUUUUCUUGAUCAAACGAAGAAUAAGAUAGAUUCAGCUCUAAAGGACCAUAUCUAUUCAAGACAAAUUAUUGACGACUAUCGGGCCCAAUUUGAUUUACUUCCAAUCGAGGUUGAGGAACAGUUAUUAAUUAUUGAGGAGGGUUUGGACGCUAAUCUGGCAAGCAUAAAAGAGGUAGUGCAGUGUUUACAAGAUCCGGAACUCCUACAUCAGUACAAUUGGUGUUACAGUACACUUGCGAUUCUCGCGGAUUUAAUUCAAGCAGGUUGCAAAUAAUUUUUAAUUACCCAAAAUAACUCACAUCUAAACAAGAAAAAUCAUAUCGUAGAACAACACGAAUAAUUUCCAAAUUCCAAAAUCAUUCCAAAAAGUUGUGGAUUGGGCAGUCUAUGAAGUAGUUAAAAUACUUUCAUGUAUGUAUUUCAGGCUUGAAUUAUUAGUUUUUUAUGUACUUUAUAAACAUUAAUCAGAGCACUUGUUUUGUAUGAACCUGUUUAUGACAAAUUGAAAUAAAUAUAGCACUUACU